AUGGCGGCGGCCCCGACCGAAGCGGCAGCAGCAGCAGCAGCAGCAGAUGCUGCUGCUGCUGGCGCUGCACUGCUGCCGCUGCACAUUUGCCCCUCAAACCCCGCUGCGGGCUCGCUGGAAACUGGUGGGGGCCUUUAUUCUGGGCUUUUUGAUGCAGUAGAAAGGCUGCCAGAGUUUCACUUAAAGACUUUGAACUUGGCCCGGGAGUGGCUGUGUUCUUUGCUGCCGCAUGCGCUGCAGAAGGCCAACAGAGUGCACUACGGGCUGCUGACUUCUGAGGAGGUGGAGGAGGGUCUGCUGUUGGGGGCUUUGUCUCGGAGUCGGCAGCUGCUGGCAGUCCCGUUUCUUGGCAAAGACGCUCCCUCUCCAGCUUCGGAGUUCUCCCACCCCGAUGUCUUAAUAGGCCUCACAAUUCUGGCCUACAGGUACCAGGGGCUGCGCCGCGAGGACUUGGGGGCCCUCCUCGCGGACCAGCUGGCCCGCCAGGAGGCCUCGGGGGGUCCCCCCGCCUCGAGGGCCCCCGCGCGCGAAUUCGCGGAUUGGGUCUGGGCUGCAGGCGGCAGAGUCCGCGGGCUUCACCGCGGGCUGGGCUGGGAGCGAGCGGACCCUUUUGAGGGGAUUGGAGAGAUCGGCGGGGACGCGGGGGGAGGCGGAGGGGAGGCCCGACGGCCCAGCGAGUCGCUGGCGGGCAGUGCAGCCGCUGCUGCUGCUGCAGCAGCAGCAGCAGCAGGGGGCGGGGAGGCGGGGCUGGGGGAGGAGUUCGAGAAGAUGUACCCGCUGGAGAUGGUGAGUCUGACGGACCGGGAGCACCUGGAGUGCGUGUACAGGCUGCUGCGGAAGGAGCCGCUGGCCAUAGCAGCAUUUUUGUUUCGAAAAGUAAUGCCAUCAGUUCUUGAACACUCUGGUUUCCAGCUGUCGGCCUCUGGCCAAGAGCUGGGGGGCGACAGCCUCUUCGGAGUGCGUCUGGGCUUCUCGGGGACGCCCUCGGAGUUGCUGCCAGCAGAAAUGGGCUGCUGCUGCUACGAGGCUGGCACCGACGGGCAGCUGCUGCUGCUGCUGAGCUCGCCCGCCGUGGUGACUCUGGAAGUGCUGCCCACGGACUGGACCGUGGCCUCGCUGCUGCAGCGCGUGGCGGCGCAGCAGCAGCCCCCCGUGCAUGCGCUCGUGGACGCGGGGGCCCUCGUCUCGGGCCUCAGCAACUUGCAGGUGGCCCGCGCGCUGCUGCAGCACGGGCUGCCGCACGAGGGCGUUGUCUUCCUCGACAGCAAAGACCGCCAAAUGGUCCUCUGCAGAAACGGCGGCCAAAUUCUCCAGCUCGCCCAGUGCGGCAUCGCCGUCGACAAGCGCUUCUCCUUCUACGACCACGUCCACACCACGGGACAGGCAAGCCUCCUGCUGCUGCUGCUGCUGCUGCUGCUGGGGUGGGCUGCGCUGCUGCUGUUCGGGUGGGCUGCGCUGCUGCUGUUCGCGUGGGCUGCUGCUGCGGCUGUUGGGGACAUACGGCAGGCGGCGGACGGCAGGGCGUUUUUGACCGUGGGCAAAGACUGCACUUUUCGAGAUGUGGCCCAGGGGGCUUUUCGCAUGCGGGGACUUGGAAGGGGACAAACUUUGCAUUAUUUAAUUCCCCCUGGAGUUGCUGCUUUGAUAGAGAAGCACGCGAGUCUAGUGGGGGCCACGUUGCCUUCGGUCCCGCUGUUCCCGCCGCCGCCGCCGCCGCAGCAGCAGCAGCAGCUGCUGCUGCAGCAGCCGCAGCAGCAGCUGGCCCCCGGCUGCUCCUUGCUGGGCGAGAUUUGCGGCUGGCUGGUCUCGCGGCAAAUCGCCCAGGAGUGUCUGCAGCAGCGGCUGCUGUGCAUGCAGAGCGCAUGCAAUGUAUGGAGAAAAGCAGCUCUGACCAUUCUGAAGGAAACGCAUGCAUCUCUUGGGACUGAAGCUGCAGCCCCACAGACGCAGCAAGCUCUUGGGGUCUUCCUCGAGUCUCUAGACUUCUCUUUGCCUUCUUCUGUCCCUCUGUCGCUGCCCCUCAGCUUCAGAAUUCGGCAGCUCGCGCUGCAGCACGCCGACUUGCUGCAGGCGCCCGAAGCAGCAGCAGCAGCAGCAACGCCUCGAGCGCGCGCCGCCAAAACACCCCCAGCAGCAGCAGCAGCUGCUGCUGCUGCUGCUUCUUCAGCGCAAGCUGCCCCGAUGCUCGCGGGCAAAGCCCUCAUUGACAAGCUGAUCUCAGAGCUGCAGGAAGAAGAAGCAGCAGCAAGAAGACACGCAGCAAAAGGAGACAGCAGAGACAUUGAUGGAGAUGCUCUAAGGAUGGAGGGCCUUGAAGCUGAAAUUGAGGGGGAGGAACAGCAGCAACAAGAAGAGGAGCAGGAGCAGCAGCCCUCAAAUCAGCAGCAGCAGCAGCAGCAGCAGGCCGCUGAUCCUCUAGCCGAUUUAUUUGUGUCUCUCUCGCAAACAAGAGACAGCAGCAGCAGCAAGGCCACAGAUUCUGCUGCCUCUCUUCCUUUUGUCCCUUCUUCGUCCCGCAGCUCAAAGGAGCCAAGCGACUUGUUAGGCCUCUUUGAAAUGCCCGCUGCGCCCUUCCAGCAGCAGCAGCAGCAGCAGCAGCAGCGCAGCCUGCUGUCUUCCUCGUCCUUUCCCCCCGCGGCACGAGAGGCAUCUGCAGCCCCAGCAUUCUCACUGCAAAUACCGCAGCAGCAGCCAUUAUCCCCGCAGCAGCAGCAGCAGCCCCUAUCCCCGCAGCAGCAGCAGCAGCAGCAGGAAGAGCUGCACUUCACUUUGGCGGAAUUGGCAGCAGCACUUGGGAAGUCGCCCUUCUGUGCUGAGCAGCGAGGCCGCUAUUUUGUGGUUUUAACUCUUGCAGAGGGCGAGGCUGUUCGCGCUGCGCUGCAUGCGCGGCAGCGGCAGCGGCAGCAGCAGCAGCAGCAGCAGCACCAGGAGCUGCAGUCUCUGGUGACGGGGCACCGCGUUGCUGUGUGUCUGCACAAUGUGACUGCCAGCUUCGCCAUGGUGGAUGGAUCUCCGCUGUUUCACCGGCGGGAGGAGAAAGUUGCUGCUGCAGCAGGACUGCAGCAGCAAACGGCGCUCGCGUGCCUGCGCUUUAUCGACAGCAGCUUGCUGUACUCCGAGCCGCAGCUGCUGCUGCUGCAGGGGGUUCUUGCUGCAGUGCCUUGCAAGGACCGGCAGGACUUCUUUUUCUCGAUUCGCCGCUGCAGGCGGCGGCAGCAAAACGUCAACUGGGAGCAGCAGCCAGUGGCCCGGCUGCUGGCAGCAGCAGAGGGGGGCCCCCAGCUGCUGCAGCACAGGGCCCUCGUUGCGCGGCUGCGGGAGCGCCUCAGGAAGAAGCGACUACUGCCCUCAGAAGCUUUUAGGUUGUUUGAUGUUCUUAAUCGGGGGCAGCUGACUGAGGCACAGCUUGCUGCUGGCAUGAAGUGGCUGGGGCUGCAGCUGCAGCAGCAGCAGCAGACCCACGUCUGCAGGCACUUCGACAUUGACGGCGACGGCUUCAUCAGCCUCAACGACUUCCUGCUCACCGUGGGGCAGAUAGGGGGGGAAGCAGCAGCAGCAGCUGCUGCUGCAGCAGCAAACAGCGACGCUGCUGCAGCAGACGCCGGCGCUGCAGCUCAAGCCGCCGGCGCGCCGGCGGACCUGCAGCACCGGCAGCAGCGCAGCGAGUCGUUCGACGACGGCGCAUGCGCUGCGGCAGCAGCAGCUGCUGCUGCUGCUGCGCUCUCCGGGGACGCCUCAACUGCAGCAGCAAAUCAGCAGUCGCUGCUGCAGCAGUGGGGAGUCAAAGAAACGCUGCCUGCAGAGCUGGUGGGUCGACUCAAGUUCCGGCUGCAGCCGCACACUUCAUUUGACAGGAUUUGGGUGGGCCGGCUGCCGUGCGCCAACUGCAGCAGCAUCAGCAGCAGCAGCAUUAGCAGCAGCGGCAGCAGCAGCAGCAGCAGCGGGAGCGCAGUGUUUUCGAUUUGGGCCCCCAAGCAGCUGGAAGGCAGGCACCGCGGCAUGAUGCGCCGCAACAGAGAGCGAGUGCCUUUGGGCCAUUUCAUUUGCCUGGGCAGCGACAUCUCGAAGGCGCAGCAGCAAGCAGCAGCAGCAGCAGCAGCAGGCGGCGGGGGGGCCCCCCUCAUUCUCGAGGCCACAGACUCUGGCUGCUCAUCUAUGGCCGAGAGCACAGAGCUCUCAAGAGCUUUGGAUUGUCUCUUUCCUCUUCCCGUCAAGUACAAAGUUUUGUGGCGGGAAAGUGUGUCCCAGGCGAUGCUGCUGCUGAACCCUCCGGAGGGUUCUGGGGCGGCGCCGGGGGGCCCCUCGGGGGGCCCCCCGGGGGGCCCCACGGGGCCCCCCGGCGGCGGGGGCCCCCUCACCCUGUGGGCCCCAGUGCCCCCCUCUUCCCUCUUCGUGGCUUUGGGAAUUGUUGCCACAAAAGGCAAUGAGACUCCGCCGCCAAAUGCUGUGCGCUGUGUCCCUGCAAAGUGGGUUCACCAGGCGGGGGCCUCCCUGCGGCUGGCCGAAGUGGCGGAGGGGGGGCCCCCCUCGAGGGGCCCCUCGAGGGGGCCCCUCAGCAAGCUGGCCCUGUGGCAAGUGGGGAGCAUGCGGCUCCUGGGGGCCACUCUCGAGGCCGCAGACGGGUCUCUGCACAGAAGCGGCGUCAGCUGGGCGGACUUCUUAAGUGCGGAGUUUCGCCUGAGACCCGCAGCCCCCGCCAUGUCCAGUGGUUACAUUCCCCCGACCAUUGGCUCUGUGGGGGGCCCCCCCAGAGGCUCUGGGGGCCCCCCGGGUGGUCCACUGGACGUGCUCGACAGCGCAGACGCAGCAGCAGCAAACGAGGCCCUCAACCCCACACUCCACAGGGCCAACGCGCUGCUGCCGGACAUCUCCACUAAGAAGAGCAGCGUCUGGUGA